AUGGCCGGCCUACAAGUACCACCUAUAAAAGCACGUACUCAAAUUAUCAUCAGACCCGUAAGGCGUGACACGCCUCUCUUCACAGUUGAGACUUUCAUACUACCUCGCAUUACCGGACUCAUUCCGUCGGAACGCGUCGUGCAGACUGAGUGGGCGCAUGUGCAGGGUCUGGACCUAGCCGAUCCCCGAUAUGACGAACCACUACCGAUAGACAUUCUCCUUGGAGCGGAUGUUUUUCCGUAUAUCAUAAGUGGAGAUCGACGAGAAGAUACCGUCAAUCAACCUGUGGCACUUAAAACCGUGUUUGGAUGGGUGCUCAUGGGACGGUCAGCCCCAAAUCCGUCAAAUAGUACGACUUCACUUUUUGCGUCUAUAGACCCCAUCGACAAAAUACUACGCAAGUUUUGGGAAAUUGAAGAGCUCCCUACGGUGGAAAAGACCAGUCCGGCAGAACAAAAAUGCGAAGAGAUCUAUCGUACCACCACUACUCGACAGUCGGAUGGUCGAUAUAUAGUACAUCUGCCAUUCACCCAUGAUCCACCUCCUAUUGGGAGAUCAUACCAUCUAGCACACACACGGCUCAUACAUCUGGGAUCUAGGCUUUCAAAAUCCACGGAUCAUAGACAUGAUUAUAACGGGGCCAUGCAAGAUUCUUUAGACUCCGGACAUAUGAGUUAUGUAGACAACACUGAGGGCAUUGAUAACACAUCUUUUUACAUACCACACCACGGUGUAGUGAAACCCGGAAGUACGACUACCAAGCUCCGUGUUUUUUACGAUGCGUCAGCCCUAUCUUCAAACGGAAAAUCUUUAAAUGAUUACUUGUUUAUGGGGCCCAAACUUCUACAGGAUCUACCAGGAAUCAUUUUACGUUUUCGUUUGCACGCAGUAGUGUUCACCACUGAUAUCAAACAGAUGUUCCGGCAGAUUGUUGUCACUCCAAAACAUAGACCAUACCAACGCCUUCUUUUCCGAUUCCAGCCCUCGGACCCUGUUCAGACGUACGAAAUGUCCACUGUUACAUUUGGCCAACGAUCAUCUCCAUUCCUUGCAAUUAGAACAUUACAUCAAUUAGCUGAGGAUGAAGCCAAAGCAUACCCUAAGGUGCAAAAGGUCAUAUAUCAAGACCUCUACGUGGACGAUGUCGUUACCGGAGCUGACUCGGAAGAAGAGGCUCUUAAACUCCAACAAGAGGUUAUAAAAGUAUUUGAGCGGGGUAAGUUUGAGCUCCGAAAGUGGUCCAGCAAUGCACCCGCAUUAUUAGAGGCCGUUCCGAUUGGACAUCGUAAAACCCGAUAA